AUGAUCGCUAUUGCCGGCGCGGUGGUCGCCGGUGCGGCAGCCGCUGCCGCUGCCGCAGCGACAGCCGGGACUCUUGCCUUGGCUUGGGCACACGGCGACCGGCAGGAAGGCGCCACGUACACGGUGGCGGAGCAGGAGUGCGCUGUGUGCCUCUCGGAGCUGGCCGGAUCGGCGGGAUGCUCCGGCGACACUGAGCCAGCGGCGGUGCCGGUGCGGGUGUUGCCGGGGUGCGGGCAUGGGUUCCACGAUGAGUGCAUCGGCAGGUGGCUGCUGCUGCGACCCGAGUGCCCGCUCUGCCGCCACCCCGUGCCGGUCGAGGUCCCCGCGCAUGGUCGGCCAGCCACCAAGGCCGUGAUACCUGCAGUGGUGCUGGCGGAGGCGGCGCCUUCAUGGUCGCGGCCGGCGAGGAUUGCGUGCGGCUUCGGCGACGGGAGGGUGGUGUGGACGCGUAGUCCGACGAUGCCACAGUAAAGGGCCGUGUGUGUGAGGAAGGCUGUCCGUUUCUGUUCCGUUCACUCUGAUGAGACAAGUGAAAGCCACGCCCAAAGAGGGAGAAAGUGUUUCAAGAUUACAAAUUACCGUCGGAUUAAUUAGUCUGGUGUAUGGGUUGAUUAAUAGUUUGUGGUCUGAUGUGCAAAUUGUUUGCGGACUUUUGUUUCAUAGCUUAUCUGUUU